AUGUCUUAUGCAACUGCGAAGGUCCAUCUGCGGACGCCAAGCCACAAGAUGACCGCGCCUCUGUCAAUGCUCAAGUCCAUCGCGGUCUCACCCACUGCAUGGAAGACCUCGUCGCCGAUGGUUGAAGCCAAGCAAAGGGUGCGCGAACACGCGCGUAACAUCAGUAGAACCACUGCUGCCAGCGCGACCGCUGCUCACUCUGUGGACUGCAUGGGUAGACACCCCAACGUAGCGGCGGCCAUCCAGCAACCGCCGCCCCCUCCGUCGAAAGACCAGUGUGAAGCGCCCCUGUCGAACGUCAACCUGGCCCUCGACCAUACCUUCGUUGGCCUGACGGGCGGGCAAAUCUUCCACGAAAUGAUGCUUCGACACGGUGUCAAGCAUAUUUUUGGAUACCCCGGAGGAACUAUCCUCCCAGUGUUCGACGCCAUCUAUAACUCUCCUCAUUUUGGAUUUGUGUUGCCCAGACACGAACAGGGUGCGGGACAUAUGGCUGAAGGCUAUGCCCGUGUGUCGGGAUUGCCUGGUGUUGUCCUCGUUACCUCCGGUCCAGGAGCUACGAACGUCAUUACGCCAAUGCAGGAUGCUCUGAGCGACGGUGUUCCCCUCAUCGUCUUUUCUGGCCAGGUAGCGACUGCUGCCAUCGGCUCGGACGCUUUCCAGGAAGCAGAUGUCGUCGGUAUCUCAAGAAGCUGCACCAAGUGGAACGUGAUGGUCAAGGACAUCAACGAGCUCCCAAGACGCAUCAACGAGGCGUUCAAGAUCGCCACCUCCGGACGCCCCGGCCCUGUCCUCGUCGAUCUCCCCAAGGACGUUACCGCCAGCAUCCUCAAGACCCCUCUGCCCUACAAAGCUACCACCCCUGGCGUCAACCUCGGCCUGCCCAACAGCUUCCUCCAGAGCAGCGAUCCUCCCGUCGACCACGCCCUCGUCGAGCGCGCCGCCGACCUCAUCAACCGUGCCCAACGCCCCGUGAUCUAUGCCGGCAACGGUGUCCUCUCCUCCCCCAUGGGCCCUAAGUUCCUCGCAGAGCUGUCCGAGAAGGGCAACAUCCCUGUGACGACGACCCUGCAGGGCCUCGGUGCGUUCGACGAGACGAACGCGCGGAGUCUGCACAUGUUGGGUAUGCACGGUAGUGCGUACGCCAACCUGGCGAUGCAACACGCCGACGUUAUCAUCGCCCUCGGUGCACGCUUCGACGAUCGUGUGACCGGCAAGCUCGACACCUUCGCUCCCGCCGCCAAGGCCGCUGCUCGCGAGGGUCGCGGUGGUAUCAUCCACUUUGAGAUCCAGCCCAAGAACGUGAACAAGGUCGUCGAGGCUCAGAUCCCCGUCCUCGGUGACGUCGUCGCCAACCUCGCUGCCCUCGUUUCUCACAUCAAGAAGGCACCGAGAGAGGAGUGGUUCGCUGAUAUCCAGAAGUGGAAGAAGAACUAUCCAUUCACGUAUGUUCCCAGUAAGAAGGGCGAGAGGAUGAAGCCUCAGGAGGUUGUGGAGGAGUUGGAGAAGCAGACGAAGGAUCGCAAGGACGAUGUGAUUGUGUCGACAGGUGUUGGACAGCAUCAGAUGUGGGCCGCACAGUUCUUUAGGUGGAGACAGCCUCGGUCGAUGGUCACAUCUGGUGGAUUAGGCACGAUGGGCUUCGGUCUGCCAGCGGCUAUCGGUGCCAAGGUUGCUGCUCCCAACAAAAUUGUCGUCGAUAUUGACGGCGAUGCGUCGUUUAGCAUGACGGCUAUGGAGCUCGCCACAGCUGCUCAAUACGGCAUCGGUGUCAAAGUCCUCAUCCUGAACAACGACUUCCAAGGCAUGGUUCUGCAAUGGCAAGAUCUCUUCUAUGAGAAGCGUUACUCCCACUCGCGCAUGAUCAAUCCAGACUUCGUUCUUUUUGGCCAGUCUAUGGGUGUCCAUGGGAUCAGAUGCAACUCUCUGGAAGACCUGCCAGCCAAGAUGAAGGAGUUCCUCGAAUACGACAACUCGAAGCCUGUGGUGAUGGAGUGCUUCGUGGAGAAGGACGAACAUGUGUUCCCGAUGGUACCUGCAGGUCGGGCCCUUCAUGAGCAGUUGCUCCAUCCCACUUUACACACCAAGGAUUAG